AUGAAUGACACAUCUUUCCCAAAGGCUGAUCUACAAAAAGAGCAGCUGGACCAGAAAUACAGCAAGGUGAAGUACGUCCAAAUAGUUCGUAAUUGGCAGAUGCAGCCAGAGUUCGCUGUGUCCCUGGCUGAGUAUUCCAAGCCUGGGCUUGGAGGGUCCAGCAAACCCAGAACUGAUGACAUGGAUGUCCCUGCUUUGAAGACCAGAAGACAGCAAAGAAAAGCAUCCAGCACACGUCCGGAGUGCAGCAUCAUGCAGGAGAUUGAAGAGGAGCGCAGCCAGUGCUUGGCAGACCUUGUUGGGGAUAACCAGACUUCAGGUUGCAGAAGGCAGUGGGACAACAUCACGUGCUGGCCUGAAGCGGAGGUGGGAGAAGUUGUGGUACGGCCAUGCCCGAAGUAUUUCAGAUUCCUCACCACUUUUCUCGGGAACGUGACCAGGAAUUGUACAAGCCAGGGCUGGACAGAUGUGUACCCUGCGCCGUAUGCCAUAGCUUGUGGAUAUGAUUCCAACAACACUCCAGGGGAAGAGCAAACGGCAUUCUAUGGCACAGUCAAGACCGGCUACACCAUUGGACAUACUUUAUCGCUCAUUGCUCUCACGGCUGCUAUGAUCAUUUUAUGUCUCUUCAGAAAACUACACUGUACUCGAAAUUAUAUUCAUAUGCACCUCUUCAUGUCCUUCAUAAUGAGAGCCAUUGCAGUCUUCAUAAAAGAUGUCAUCCUAUUUGAAAGCGGAGAAUCUGAACACUGCUUUGUGAGUUCAGUAGGCUGCAAAGCCAUGAUGGUUUUCUUCCAGUACUGCGUCAUGGCCAACUUCUUCUGGCUCCUGGUGGAGGGGUUGUAUCUUCACACCCUGUUGGUCAUCUCCUUCUUUUCAGAGAGGAAGUACUUUUGGUGGUACAUCUUGAUUGGCUGGGGUGCCCCCUCCGUGUUCAUCACUGCUUGGACUAUUGUCAGGAUUUACUUUUUCGAUGUUGGGUGCUGGGAGGAAGUAGUGGAAUCCCCAUUCUGGUGGAUCAUUAAAACUCCUAUUUUGGUGUCUAUUUUGGUGAACUUCAUUCUCUUCAUUUGCAUCAUCCGUAUCUUAGUCCAGAAGUUGCAUUCCCCAGACGUUGGACACAAUGAAACCAGCCAAUAUUCGAGGCUGGCCAAGUCCACCUUGCUGCUGAUCCCUCUCUUUGGCAUUCACUACAUCAUGUUUGCUUUCUUCCCCGACAAUUUCAAAGCAGAAGUUAAGCUGGUCUUUGAGCUCGUGGUUGGGUCAUUCCAGGGAUUUGUGGUGGCUGUUCUGUACUGUUUUCUCAAUGGGGAGGUCCAAGCUGAGCUGAAGCGAAAGUGGCGGAGGUGGCAUCUGGAGAGGUUCCUGGGCUCGGACAUGAAGUAUCACCACCCUUCCUUAGGCAGCAACGGCACCAACUUCAGCACCCAGAUCUCCAUGCUGACCAAGUGCUCACCAAAGACACGCCGGUGCUCUGGCUUCCAGGCCGAAUUCUCUCUGGUGUGA